AUGGAGACGCCUUACACCGACCACUUGAGCCUGGAGGAUUACGAGCAGGUCUACGAGCCAGCGGAGGACUCGUUUUUGCUGCUGGAUGCACUGGAAAAGGAUCUGGAGUACCUGGAGCAACUGCAGCCGUAUCUUUGUCUGGAAGUGGGAUCCGGUUCGGGUGUGAUUAUCACGGCUCUGGCUAAGAAACUGGCUGGCUCCUCGCUAUGUCUUGCCACGGACAUCAAUCUAAAAGCCUGCGAUGCCACCCGGAGAACUGCUGUCCGGAAUGGAGCCCGCCUGGACAGCAUUCGCUCCAACCUGGCCGAUGCAUUGCGUCGACAAUCCGUAGACGUUCUGCUCUUUAAUCCACCCUAUGUGGUCACCAGCGAUGAGGAGCUGCAAACACAGAAGUUCGAUUCCCACAGCGAAUCAUCAACGGACCGCAAUCUGGUCUUCUCCUGGGCAGGUGGACAAGAUGGGCGUCGCGUAACGGACAUUCUACUGAAGCAAUUGGAUGACAUUCUCUCGCCUCAGGGCGUUCUCUACUUACUCCUCCUUCGGGAGAACAAACCAGAGGAAAUUAUCAGACAUUUAGAAGGGCUCAAGUUCCGGGCUGUUAAGUUCAUGGAGCGACGCAUUCCAGGCGAGCAUCUGUACAUACUGAAGGUCACCAGGUCCUCCUCUUCAUGACUCGUGCAAUAAACUCGUUUGGUUCGACUGGUAUAUCAAAAGCUAGUUGUAUUUUAAAUAAAAAGUACCCAUUUAAUAGUUAAACUAUAAAUUUUAUAUAUGAAUUAAAAAUCAUUCAGAACAAUUUGUAUUAAAGAUAAACUAAUACCAA